AUGAUUGCCAGAAACUUGAAAAUGAAAAUGCAGUUUGCUGGUUGGUACCGUGACUCGCAGACCCACAUCAUGUGUCUACUAAUACUUGCUUGCUGCGCGUCUCGAUUAUCCGAGCCUAGUGCACUAGAGAAUGCUCUGCUGGAACCUCGUGGUCCGGGGUCACUGGUGAAAGAAAGACCCGAUCUAUUACAUGGAACCAUGAUGUUCCAUGUUUUGUCCGCUUUGACCGGUCAGCCAAAGCAGUUGAGUAUUGACGAGCUGGAGGAUCUGAGGCGUACCAUCCCGAGAGCGGUCGAAAAUUAUGUAAAUGUCAUGAACAACGCAAAGCUCUUGGAGGAUUUGUCGACUGGCAAACUUGAAAAGAAACUGUUUGAAGACUAUCAGAAGUCCCUGGUGUUUCUGGAGACAGGAAAAUGCAGUUUAACAAGGGACCAGCAGCCCUAUCCUUGCCUAAUUAUUCGCAAACCAAUUGAAUUUCCGGAGAGUCCCAUCAUUUUAGCGCGCCUAUCCGCAUUUGUUCUUCCAUGGAUCAGACCGGACAAUUUGGCCCUAAGCGUGCAUUUUCUGGAUGAAACGCAACAUCACUUUGAAGAAGAUAUCUUUCGGCUUGAUAAUGUCACAAAAAUUUUUGAUUCCUUCAACGUAAACUGGUUCUCAGAGCGUGAAGUUAAAUGGGAUGUAACCGCGGCGAUGGUCGACAUACAACGACGUCAAAGCAGCCAGUCCUAUCCGAUAAUAUUAACACUGCACUGCGUGAACGAAAAGUGUCGUACAGACACAACUAUUUGGCACCUGUUUUCUCAUCCGGAAUUCAAAGAGGCCAUUCUCUCUCCCGAUGGUCAAGCAGUGCUGGAGUUGUACACUGAUUCAACUGUUGAUCUCGUCAAAAAGUACGGACGGAGGCGAUUAAUUGGUAGAUCAACUUCAGGAGAUUAUCAUCGACGUAACGGGAACAAUUGUCCAAGCUUUUUAGAUCGUGAUCGCCAAGAAGCCAAGUGCUGUCUAUUUCGAUACACUCUAACCAAACGUCAGUUGGAUCAGAAUGACAAACUGCGCUUUAUUGUUUUCCCGCACCACCUGCCGUUGAAUAUAUGUCAUGGGCGAUGCAUUGGUUUGUACAUGCCAACGGACAACUCACAUAGUGUUUUGUUAAAUCGCUACUUUUCCGGCCUUGACCAUGAAGAACGAAACGCUAUCUAUGACUCAAUGCCUUGUUGUGCUGCAAACGAAACAAGCCCCUUCACAAUUGUGUACAAAAACGCAGAAAACAAACUCGUCCAUGAGACUUUGGAGCGCGCCAUCAAAAUGAAUUGUGCAUGCAACUAGCGUGAG